AUGAAAGGAAGGAAUCAAACUCUCCUCUCAGAGUUUCUCCUCCUGGGUCUGCCUCUCCAGUCCAAGUAUGAAAUCCUGUUCUAUGGCCUGUUCCUCACCAUGUAUCUUACCACCAUCCUGGGGAACUUCCUCAUCAUCAUCCUCAUACAACUGGACUCCCAUCUCCACACACCCAUGUAUUCUUUUCUCAGCAACUUGUCCUUCUCUGACCUCUGCUUUUCCUCUGUCACAAUGCCCAAGUUGCUGAAGAACAUGCAGAGCCAAGUCCCAUCCAUCCCUUAUGCAGGCUGCCUGACCCAAAUGUACUUCUUCUUGUUUUUUGGAGAUCUGGAGAGCUUUCUGCUUGUGGUCAUGGCCUAUGACCGCUAUGUGGCCAUCUGUUUUCCCCUGCACUACACCAGGAUCAUGAGCCCCAAGCUGUGUGUGUGCCUGGUGAUGCUGUCCUGGGUGCUGACCAUGUUUCAUGCCCUGUUGCACACCUUACUCAUGGCCAGAUUGUCUUUCUGUGGGGACAAUGUGACCCCCCACUUCUUCUGUGAUAUGUCUGCACUGCUGAAGCUGGCCUGCUCUGACACUAGUAUUAAUGAGGUGGUGAUAUUCAUCAUGGGAGGCAUCAUUCUUGUUAUUCCAUUUCUCCUCAUUAUUGUUUCCUAUGCACGAAUUGUAUCCUCCAUUCUCAAGGCCCCUUCUGCUCAGGGCAUCCGUAAGGCUUUCUCCACCUGUGGUUCCCAUCUCUCUGUGGUGUCACUGUUCUAUGGUACAGUCAUUGGCCUGUACUUAUGUCCAUCAGCUAAUAAUUCCACUGUGAAGGAAACAGUAAUGGCUCUAAUGUAUACUGUGGUAACUCCCAUGCUGAACCCCUUCAUCUACAGCCUGAGGAACAGAGACAUGAAAGAAGCCCUGGGAAGAAUCAUUUCAAGAGCUGCGCUAUCUUGUCUCCUUUAUUGAUUACCAUAGUACCC